AGCGCCGGGUUUUGGGAGCUGCUGAGCGCGCGAGGAGGGAGGGGAGCGCGACAGCAUCCAGAGCGUUGGGUUCACAACCAGGAUUGGUCGCAAGUAGGGAGCUUUCGCCACUUCCCCGGGACCCUCGGACUGUCUGGGCGCCGCGCGCGAGGCUCUCUCCCUAGCAGCGCUCCCGGGCGGAGGUGAGUGACAUCCAUGAAAAGAGCAUGAUGACUUCAGCCACGUAUCUAAUUCCUAGUAAAGUUACAGUAUACACAUAGGCAUCCAGGAUUCUAAGCUGUAAGUUAUUGGAUCAUUGACACAAGAUAUCUGCACAGCACGUGGAUCCAAGGACCAUCCUAAAAGGGGCUGCUAAAAUAAACCUGUGUUACUGCUUUCUCACAUCAGAACUGAAGAUUUGGUAUGUGCUCAGCUUGUCACAUAAAACUACAAUAGGUGGCUGCUCAUCACAUUUGACCAACAGUCUGUAGAAUCUUCAGUCCAGAAUUGCUUUUCCAGUUUGUGUGAAAUAAAGGAAUGUAUACUUCAUAGAUCACAGAUUAAAGGUUGUUCAAAACUUAAAAGAAGCAGAAGCAGCGAUUCUAUUCACUGGUUAUUGGACUUGAAACUCCUUUGACCUCAGAAACUGAAGAUGAGGUUGCCAUGGGAACUGCUGGUAUUGCAGUCAUUCAUGUUGUGCCUUGCAGAUGACAACACACUGCAUGGCCCAGUUUUUAUUCAAGAGCCAAGUCAUAUAAUGUUCCCUUUGGAUUCUGAGGAGAAAAAAGUGAAACUUAAUUGUGAAGUUAAAGGGAAUCCAAAACCUCACAUAAGGUGGAAGUUAAAUGGAACAGAUGUUGACAUUGGGAUGGAUUUCCGCUACAGCAUUGUUGAAGACAGCUUGUUGAUCAAUAAUCCCAAUAAAACCCAGGAUGCUGGAAUAUACCAGUGCAUAGCAACAAAUUCAUUUGGCACCAUUGUUAGCAGAGAAGCAAGACUUCAGUUUGCCUAUCUUGAAAACUUUAAGACCAGAACAAGAAGCACAGUGUCUGUCCGUCGAGGUCAGGGAAUGGUACUCCUGUGCGGCCCACCACCCCAUUCCGGAGAGCUGAGUUAUGCCUGGAUCUUCAAUGAAUACCCUUCCUAUCAGGAUAAUCGCCGCUUCGUUUCUCAAGAGACUGGGAAUCUAUAUAUUGCUAAAGUAGAAAAAUCAGAUGUUGGGAAUUACACCUGUGUGGUUACCAAUACCGUGACAAAUCACAAGGUCCUGGGGCCACCCACACCAUUGAUACUGAGAAAUGAUGGGGUAAUGGGUGAAUAUGAGCCCAAAAUAGAAGUGCAGUUCCCCGAAACAGUCCCGGCAGAGAAAGGAACAACGGUCAGACUGGAGUGCUUUGCUUUAGGAAACCCAGUCCCAACAAUUCUGUGGAGAAGAGCUGAUGGAAAACCAAUAGCAAGGAAAGCCAGGAGACACAAGUCAAAUGGAAUUAUUGAAAUCCCAAAUUUCCAACAGGAAGAUGCUGGCUUAUAUGAAUGUGUGGCUGAAAAUUCUAGAGGAAAGAAUGUAGCCAAGGGACAGUUGACUUUUUAUGCUCAACCUAAUUGGGUUCAAAAAAUAAAUGAUAUCCAUGUGGCCAUGGAAGAAAAUGUCUUCUGGGAAUGUAAAGCCAAUGGGAGGCCCAAGCCUACAUACAGGUGGCUAAAAAAUGGUGAACCACUGUUAAGUCGGGAUAGAAUUCAAAUUGAGCAAGGAACACUCAACAUAACCAUCGUGAAUCUCUCUGAUGCUGGCAUGUACCAAUGUGCAGCAGAGAAUAAACAUGGAGUUAUCUUUUCCAGUGCUGAGCUUAGUGUAAUAGCGGAAAGUCCAGAUUUCUCAAGAACACUCUUGAAAAGAAUGACGCUGGUCAAAGUGGGAGGUGAAGUUGUCAUUGAGUGUAAACCUAAAGCGUCGCCAAAGCCUGCCUACACCUGGAGAAAGGGAAGAGAACUAUUAAGAGAAAAUGAAAGAAUUAGCAUUUCUGAAGAUGGAAACCUCAGAAUCAUCAAUGUGACCAAGUCAGAUGCUGGAAGUUAUACAUGCAUAGCAACUAACCAUUUUGGAACUGCUAGCAGUACUGGAAACUUGAUCGUGAAAGAUCCAACAAAGGUACUGGUUCCCCCUUCUAGCAUGGACGUCACUGUGGGAGAAAGCAUUGUCCUGCCAUGUCAGGUGACACAUGACCACUCCCUCGACAUUGUGUUUACCUGGCUAUUUAAUGGACAUCUGAUAGACUUCGACAAAGAUGGUGACCACUUUGAAAGGGUUGGAGGGCAGGAUUCAGCUGGUGACUUGAUGAUCCGAAACAUCCAACUGAAGCAUGCUGGGAAAUAUGUCUGCAUGGUCCAAACAAGUGUGGACAAGCUCUCUACUUCUGCAGACUUGAUUGUAAGAGGCCCCCCAGGCCCCCCAGAGGCUGUGACCAUAGAUGAAAUCACAGAUACCACCGCUCAGCUCUCCUGGAGACCUGGGCCUGACAACCACAGCCCCGUCACUAUGUAUGUCAUCCAAGCCAGGACUCCGUUCUCCGUGGGCUGGCAAGCAGUCAGUACAGUUCCAGAACUCAUUGAUGGGAAGACAUUCACGGCAACUGUGGUGGGUUUGAAUCCCUGGGUUGAAUAUGAAUUCCGCACAGUUGCAGCUAAUGUGAUUGGUAUUGGGGAACCCAGCCGCCCCUCAGAGAAACGGAGGACAGAAGAGGCCCUCCCCGAGGUCACCCCAGCAAACGUCAGUGGUGGCGGAGGCAGCAAAUCCGAACUGGUUAUUACCUGGGAGACGGUCCCUGAGGAGUUACAGAAUGGCAGAGGUUUUGGUUACGUGGUAGCCUUCCGGCCACAUGGCAAAACAAUCUGGAUGUUGACAGUACUUGCUUCAGCCGACGCCUCCAGAUAUGUGUUCAGGAACGAGAGUGUGCGCCCCUUCUCUCCCUUUGAGGUUAAAGUGGGUGUCUUCAACAAUAAAGGGGAAGGCCCCUUCAGUGCCCCCACACUGGUGUAUUCUGCUGAGGAAGAACCCACCAAACCACCAGCCAGCAUCUUCGCCAGAAGUCUUUCUGCUACAGAUAUUGAAGUUUUCUGGGCCUCCCCUCUGGGGAAGAAUAGAGGACGGAUCCAAGGUUAUGAGGUGAAAUAUUGGAGGCAUGACGACAAGGAAGAAAAUGCUAGAAAAAUACGAACAGUUGGAAAUCAGACAUCAACAAAAAUCACGAACUUAAAAGGCAGCGCACUGUAUCAUUUAGCUGUCAAGGCAUAUAAUUCUGCAGGAACAGGGCCCUCCAGUGCGAUGGUCAAUGUCACAACCAGAAAGCCACCACCAAGCCAACCCCCCGGAAACAUCAUAUGGAAUUCAUCGGACUCCAAAAUUAUCCUGAACUGGGAUCAGGUGAAGGCCCUGGAUAAUGAGUCAGAAGUAAAAGGCUACAAAGUCUUGUAUCGAUGGAGCAGACAGAGCAGCACAUCUGUCAUCGAAACCAAUAAAACAUCCGUGGAGCUCUCUUUACCUUUUGAUGAAGAUUACAUAGUCGAGAUUAAGCCAUUCAGUGAUGGGGGUGAUGGCAGCAGCAGCGAGCAAAUUCGAAUUCCAAAGAUAUCAAGUUCCUACGCACGAGGAUCCGGGGCUUCCACUUCCAAUGCCUGCACGCUGUCAGCCAUCAGUACUAUAAUGAUUUCCCUCACAGCCAGGUCUAGUUUAUGACAAAAGUUAUCUAAAGGACUUUCUCUUUAUAAUGUAAGCAACAUUUAGCUAGUUGUUUUGAAGACACCCAGUACUAAGUAAUAUUGUUGUUCAAGUACAUCUUAUUACUGGAAAACAAAUGAUUUUUGCUUCUUUAGGAAUGGCAUUAUACAGUACUUCCUCAAAGCAAAUCUAGCUUUGCCUGAAGUUUCUCUGGAAACUCUGCAAUGCACUGAAGACAUCUGGAAUAUGAUGUUACCAAAGCAGUUUACAUAUGUCCUUAUAUGCAUAUUUUUUAUUAUAUAUUUAGUGUUUUAUAGAAUUUUUUAAAGUUAACAUAUAAUGUAGAUAUUGAUUUUUUUUCCUCUGCUGUAAAAUGCUAUGGGCAACAAUAGUCAUACAAAUAUGAUUUGAGACUAUUUCCUUUAAAGACAGAGUUUGAAACUCAUCUUGGUAAAUAGAAUGCAAAUGACUUGUACAGUUUUCCAAGGAUCUCAUGGCAGAGCAGCUGGGCAACUUGGUCUGUAACUUAAGGCUGCUGUAUAUAAAUUAAUCUUUUGACAGUUAAUGCAUUGAAUUGAGUCUUUUGACAUGUAUAAUAUGUUUUAUCACUCUGUUGUGAAUUUUGUUGUUCAACACAACUUGAGAUCGUUUCAGGAAUGGCUACAAAUUUCAAAAGUUAAACUUAUAGCCCAAGAGGCACCUUGUGCAAUAGUUCCAUCCCUGAAUUUAGCAUUGUACAGUAAGACUUUCUUUCAGCAUUGUCUUUGUAGUAGCAUUAUCUUAGGCAUUGAAUCUGAAGUUACACAUCCUGUAGUAACAUAGACCAAGCAUUACUAGAAUCAACCAAGUCUUUCAAAGGAUAAAUGAUCAUCUUACUAUCUUUCAAUGUAUCUGUUUUGAAUGUAAAUUUUACAAAAGAACUUCUCUGUCAAUGGACUCAUAAUUUCUUUGCAAAAUUUCUUAUAGAUAUUAUAUGUAUAUCUGUAAUACUAGAGCUCUUUUUUGAAUUGCGUCACGUAUAGAGUUUGGAAGGUUUCUCCUCUUUCAGCAGACAGUUGCUGCAAAUAAUGUUUUGUAUGACUAUAAGAGAUCAUUGGCACAAAUGUCUGGUCUGUUGAGGAGUCUCUUGGUUUUCAAUAGCUAGCAUGGUUGCUUGGUAAGCUUUACCUUCUAAGUCUGAAAAAUCACACAUUGGAAAGUGACAAUAUCAAUGAAACCAUAUCACGAAAAGAGCUAUUUGUUAUGAUGGGGGAGGUUUUAUAAGCUUAUACUGAUGGGAUAUAAAAGUAAUGAGAUUUUUCUAUAAAGAUUUUCACAUGAAAACAUGCCACCACCUUUCCUUCUCAGAGAGUCCAUAUUUGCCUGUAAUUUGUUGUUUUUGCUUACAAAUAACACAAGUUAACUUUUCAACAUUCUAGUUAUAUUCAUCUAAUAAAGUCAAAAUCAGGAUUCCACUUCUGUAAAAAUUAGGGUGGUAACCAGAAGAAAAAAUAUUGUCAGUAUUUCAGCUGUGUUCCUAUCUUAGUUUGAUAUGGUUACUUUUGUGUUAAAAUGAGGCUUAAAAUCACUUGCAAAAAAUUAGCAAAAUAAAAAAUGAAUGAAAACAUUGAUACCCCAGGUAGUUCCCAACCCCAGUGUAAAAUAUUUACCAGUGCUCUAGCAUAUGUAAUCUUUUCUAAAGAUAUUGUUAAUAAAUAUUCUGUCAUUUGUAAAGAUACUUGUCUUCUGGGAGCAUUUGUCCUACCUUCUUGUCAGGGAAUCUGUUAGCUUUACCCUUGUUCCAGUCACCAUUUGGGAUCAUAGAGGAACUCAAAAGUCUCUGGCCUUGGCCCAAAGCCAGGUGAUCCAGAGCUGUCCCUUUGGAAUUGAUAAUCUUUUGUAAUUAGAGAGGGUCAAAAUCCAAUAAAACAGUGUCCUGAAGGUCAGACUUGAAUCUUUCUUCCUUGCUAGUCAAGUCUUUUGUAUAUUUAACCCAAGAAUAUCUGUUGUUUCCCACAUCCCUUGUCAAAAUAAUAAAGUCUAAACUUAAGCACUUGAGGCACAUCCUAAUCUAAAAUACCUUAACUCUAUAUCCAGCCACACUGAACUCUCCUGAACACUGCUGUUGAUGGUCUCACCUCUGUGCCUUUUGAUAUCAUGGUUGCCUCUCCCUGAAAUGCCCUUCUCACUUUCACACCCAAAUUUCAACUGCCCUAGGGCACAUCUAGCCCCAGCUUGUCUGUGAGGUUUUCCCACGCAUCAGUCCUUGUGAUGCCCUCCCUCUGAAUUUGCUGCAACCCUUCAUCUCGUAACUAACCAGGUACUUUUGGAAUCUCUUGUACUGUUAUCUUGCAUUUGAACCUAACUCCUGUAUUGUUACUUACUUUUCCUUGUAUGUAUGCCUUGUCUUCCCAACUAGAUUGUAAGCUCCUUGAGGGCAGGGAUGUUGGUCUUCUCUUUCAUGUACUCUCCAUAGUGCCUAGCACAGUGCCUUGCAAUAAAUACUCAUUGAUUAAUUGA